UUUUUUUUUGUCCUCCCUUUUCUUGUUAUCAAUGUAAAAAUGUCGUCCAGAUUAAGUCUGCGAUCAAGAUCUAGGGCUGAAAGGUCCAUGAAGCGAAAUGAAAACGAUGAAGAGUCUAACAAAGUUACUCUUCAGACCGUUACAAAAAAUCAAUUGUUAAAGUCGUCAACUCCCAACAUAAGGGCUGAAUCGCCUUUAUCUAACAUACAUAAUGAUAAACCCAAGCCGGCAACCAGCAUUCAUAAUGAAAAACAAAAGGUUCAAUCUGAUGAAGAUAGUUUAAAGACCAUCCCUGCCAAGAGACAAUCAUCUCAGCUGCCUAUUUCAUCUGAUGAGUGUGUUAAAAGACAAAGCAUUAGUACUGAGAGUAAACAACCUGUGGAGCCUACUCAUCGCCACAAAGAAGAAGAGCAACCAUUCACAUUUGAUGAUUUAACCUUUCAGUACGAUAUCAAUGAUAUUCAAUAUCCCGAUACCAACAAUCGACCUGAAGCUACCGGCCCUGUUCACUACAAACAAAAGCAGGACGGCGGAAGCAGCGGCAAGCUUCAAUCGAACAUGGAAAUUGAUCAUCACUCUUCCUAUAUUAACGAAAAACCUGAGGCAAUACAGCUUCCUCCGCUGGAUGAAUCUACCAUUGAAUACGCACCACCCAAGCUCCCAGUCGCUUUUCCAGAGCCACCUAUGGGUCUUGAGGAUUUCAACCUGUCCAUCUUUGAUGAUGUGUACUUUGAUGUUGCGCCUAUCGAACUCGUUUAUGUGGAAAAGAAACCAGAAGCAGAGGUUGUUUUAGUUGAAGAUAUUGAAGAUGAUGCUGUCAGUAUUAGUUCUUUAGGGAAAGGAGAUGAAAAAUUCAAUUCCUGGGAUCUUUAUGAUUUUGUUAAUGUUCAGAAGCCUCCUGCUCACUUUGACAUCAAUGAUAUAAGUGAUUUCGAAUUCCCUGAAAUUUACAAAGACUCUGACAAUAAUCAUUUCUUACACGAAAUAGCUGAAUCUGUCUGAACAUAUUCAACUUUUUUUCUACAUUAAGAAUGUCUGUUGCUUUUACACGCAAAUUACUUUUAUACUUAUCUUCAUCUGUUUGGUUUUUUUCGCUUACUUAUCUUCCCUUCUGUGAUAUUGUAAAUAUUCAAGCUUGCACAAUCUUUAAAAUAAAAAUCAUGGUCUAUGUAUUCAUAAAUUAUUCAAUAAUAAGAUAUGCCGAUG